AUGUCGCGCAUCGUGGACAUGGAUAGUACGGCUUUCGACCUCAUCAAAAUCCUGAUGUACUUUGGCUAUCUCGGAUGGUCAGGGACACGCAUUCCCCUUGAGAACGUGCUUCAGGCGCGCAGGAGGGCAGACAAUCCGCCAUUGACAAUUUAUGUGCAUGUGAAGGAGGGGAUAGCCUUAGUGAAGCGCCAACGGGCCUAUGAGACUAGGUGCAAGGCGUUGUCGCCGCAAUUGGCGCUUGAGCUCGUCGAGGCUCUGGAGGCUGUGGGUGGCGUGGGUAUUGUGCGAAAGGACUUCGACCCCUUCACAGCGUGGAGUAGUGUCGCGACUUUCACAAAUCUCGCCUAA